GGCCGCAUCGGUGGCGUACACGCGGACACCAGGGACAGCCUUCUGGAGCUCUCCCCGGUGCAGCGGGGCGUGGUGAGCAUCUUCGGGGUGGCCAGCCGGUUCUUCGUGGCCAUGAGCAGCAGGGGCAAACUCUUCGGUGUGCCUUUCUUUACCGACGAGUGUAAAUUCAAAGAGAUUCUUCUGCCCAACAAUUACAACGCCUACGAAUCCUACGCCUACCCUGGCAUGUUCAUGGCCCUUAGUAAGAAUGGGCGGACCAAGAAGGGGAAUCGAGUGUCGCCUACCAUGAAGGUAACACACUUUCUCCCUAGACUGUGA